CAUUCUGUAAUGGCAAGCAGGUAUCUAGGGUGCGUUUGAGUGGGGAUUCACCUGGUUUAGGUUCAGAUGUAGCGAUUCACAAGCUGAUAGUAAAGGGGAUUAUUUUUGAAGAGAUCACCAAGUGUUUACAUGACCUCAGUGUAGAAAUUCGGUGCAUUUUAAGUGUACGGUUGUUUUGGCACGAGAACUGCAAGAUAUUUUGGAUGAUGUUCAGCAGGCUAAGGGAUUGAUGAAGAGACUGGAGGUUUUAGCUGAUAAAACUGGAUUGUCUUCUUGUGAAUCAAAAAUAAAUAAUGUCUUAGAAGGCUUUCAAGAAAAGAUUGAAAAUCUUGAUAGAAAAUUGAAAGAAGCUAUUGAACAAGGUUUUCAUGGGAAAUUUGAUGUUUAUGAAAUUGAAUUAAGAGAACUUCAGCUGAAGCUCUCAGAAAAUGAAGAAGUGAGAGAAGUGCUCUUCUUGACAGCUAGUAGGAAUAUAUCCCCACUUGAAUCACUCGAUCAAAGCAUUGAAUCUCAAUCUGAGAUCAGAGCAAGACAGCAUAUUAAAAGGGCACGAACAGACCCUAAUAUUCCAAGAAGAGAAGAAAGUAAGAAUCAGAGUAGUACUGGCAACACAAGUAUCCUUGGUUCUGAACACACAAGGAAUCCCAGAAAUAGCGGGAGUAUUAACUAUGGCUUAAUUCCAAUGCCAAUAAAGGAGGAAGAAGAAGACUCUAAGCAAAAUUAAAAUAACUUCCUUCCCAUUUAUCAUGAAUUGUGUAUUAUCUGUGAUUUUAAUACUACUGAUUUUAUGGAAUCUUAAGCUUAAAUGAGAGCUAAAUGAUUUAAAAAUGACCAAUUCAAAUGGCAAAGAGCCUCUCCCACGUGAUCUCGAGCAGCUUAAUAAUUUAUAUAAACUUGAGAAUUUGAAAUACAAUGAAGAAAUUGAGAUGAUGAAAACUACCAUUAUGAAGCUCACUGGUUACGAUUCAAGUGACUCAGUCCUGACCCUAGACAUGACCCAACAAAAAUCCAAAGAAAUAAUCACCAACAUGAAUAUGCUGACUUAUCACCUUGAGCCAAAGUCAAGGCUGAGAAUAUCAAAGGUCAAGAACGGGGACCAAAGUCUGAACAAGUUCAUUACUAAUUCGCAUCCUUCUUCCUUGAAACUAUUCUCGUUCAACCAUCCCUCAGCGGGGAGUGGCGAAGGACAAGCCAUCAAGGCUAAGUUCUAUAUCCAAGGGCUGUGCAGACUUUUAAGGAGGGUUACCCAAGAGGUUUAUCUGCAUAGUCUGAUCCUUAAUUCUGAAGAGCUUAGUAGUGUCGUCAGGGCAUCAGCUAGCGCACAAAGAUUGGUCAUUAGGUCAAGCAAAAUAUCAACUUCCUCAGCUCUGGAUUUUUCUACUGAGGAGCAAUCGAGAAUACAAUAUUUAAGCUUUCAGGACUCUGGAAGCGCUAUUUGGCAAAAUAUGGAAUGGGCCACUUACCCAGAAAGGUUUGAACCCAUAAUUGUGGCCAUCAAGAACUCUUCCAUAAAAGACUCUUUAGAGACUAUUAAUAUUCAUGGAUGUGGAAUCUCGGUUAAUCAAACAACUGAGUUAUUAUUUAAGCAUGAACUUGCUCAUAUCAGAGUGGUACAAUGAUGAAGUAAUCCACCACUCGAUUCCUAAUUUUUUGUAAACCAGAAAUAAUA